UCUUGUCACGCAACCUAUAUAUAUCUAUCUUUGUCGAAUAUUAUUGUCCUCGUCUAUGAACAAGUCAGGUGCUGCUAUCUAUCGGAUUCUUCGAUCAUUUUUGAUUCGUAAUAACAAAACCGGUGACAAAACCAAGUAUGUGACAAGGACAAACAUACAUACGUUGCCUGAAAGACAAAGAUAAAACAAUGUGCGUUAAAAAAAACUUACAACUAGUUAUACCAUUUUAUUGUGACCUAGCGCUAGUGUUUCAAAAUCCAUAAAUAGAUCAAAUUUUCGUUUGUAAAAAAAAAAGUAAUUAAAGGGAUUAGUAAAUUUUUAUAAUUGUAUGGUCGUAAUUAUACUCUCAGCUUAUUUCAUUUAAUUUAUGAAACAUACACGUAUAAAAAUCUAAAAAGAUAAUUUGGAUAUAUGGAGUUCUUUGACAGUUUGUUUUAAUUUAUUAGCCAUGGAUAGAUUUUUAUCUAUUGAUUGGAAUGCUCCAUUGGAAGAUUUGAUAGAUAAUACUUUCAUUAGUGAAGAAAGAUUAGAAAAAGAAAGUGUGACGUAUAAAAUUUUGACUGGGAAUUUCAAAGAUCCCUUUAAAAAUAUUGAAGAAGAUUAUAAAGAUGUUGAGAUUGAUCUGAUGAAGGAUGUUGAUCCUGACUUAAAUGAAAUGGAAAAAGAAUGUGAAACAAACGUCUUUGAAAAGAAUGUCAAACAAGUAAAAAAAAUCAAUCAUUAUGUACCUGGCAGUUUUAAAUCGAUAUUCAAGUUUCCUAAGAAAUCUAAAUUGAACAAGGAACAACAAGCAAUGUGUUUGAGAGUCUUGUUAAGAUUUUCAAAAUCUGAUAAGCCAAAACUAACGCAAACAGAAAGAGAAGAAUUACAAAAAUACAUGAAUUUACAACAAAUAAUAUCUCAAGAACAAGAUGAAUUUUUGGAAUUUGCAAAAAGCAAAUGGAAUAAAAGAUUAUUUAAAAUCACGUGUGAAGAUUUUAUCAAUUUAUCUUGGAAAUCAAAGUUACAAUAUAUGUAUAAAUUACCAAGGUAUUACUCUGAAGUAACAACUAUUCCAUUUGUAACAGAUAAAAACAUUGAAGUAAAAUUUAUUUCUAAUUGUUUACAAUUGGGUAAAUUACAAAAAAUAGUGUUGCCAACUUUUAUUAAACCAUGUGUAUUACGAAAAAAUUCAGCACAGUUACAAAAACGAUUUCUUCCUAAAAAGAAUACUUUUAAAGAAAAUUCUGUUAAUGUCUGUUCUGUACCUGUAAGUGAAGAUGUAAAUUGUCAAAAAUUGGCUGAAGAUAAUAAUGUAGAUUUGGUAAUUUCAUCAAGUGGCCUUAAUUGUUUAGUAAAUAAUAUUGAUCCAACACAUUCAAAUUCAUGGAUUUUACCCAUAGUCAUAAAAAAAUACAAUGAUAAAAAUAUUAUCUACAUAGACAAACCAGCACCACCAAUUGCAAGCACUAUACCAGAAAAAAAUACUUGGGUGUAUAAAUACAUUCUUAAAUACUUUUUUAUUGGUACUAAAUAUUUAACUUCAGAAAGUAAUGAAGGUGAUAAUAUAUUUGAUGAUGUUAAUUCUGAAAAACUAUUACAAUUAGAAGAAGAAUAUGAAAAUACUCUAACAAAAAUUAAGAAUAAGAUAUUAAAUGUAUCAAAUGCGUCAAAAGAGGAUAAAAACCUCGAAGAAAUUUCAACUCGACAGAAUCUUACAAAUGAUGUACAUUCUUCAGAUGUGUUAAAUUGUAAAAAAGAAUCUUUAAAUACUACCACCUCUAAUUUUUGUAAUGCUUCCAACUGCGUAAAUGAUGAAGAUAUACAAAAUAAAAUCUCUGAAGAGACGGGAGAUAGUAUAUCAUAUGAUUUGUUUACAAUUGGACCACAACUUCCAGAACAAAAUGAAUUCAUGGAAAAUGUUAUUAAAGAAUAUAAAAUAUUAGUCCGAACAAAAACGCAUGGAUUUGAGAUUUUACAAAAUAAAGUACAAAGAUUGUUACUAUUAACACCAAAAUUAGAACAUCAGGCUGAUCUUGGUGCUGAAACUGUAACAUUAGAGGAAGCUUUGAAACAAUGGAUAUCUUUGAUAUUUAGACCUCAUACAUAUCUAGCACGAAUUCGAAUAUCUGCAAAAACAUCGGAAGUAUUACAAAUAGAACAUCGUACAGCAAUGUCUAUAAAUAAUGAAAUUAAGAGACUUUAUAACAUAAAAGUUGAAGAUUCUUUGAUAAUUUUACAUAACAUUGUUCAAUCUCUCUCAAAUUUAUCUCCAGGUCGUUAUAUUAUGAGACGUACUAUAAGAAAUGGAGCAUCCGCUGCUCUUUUUAAAUUAGCAGAAGGUCCAGGGAAAAAUGUUCUUGAUAUUCAUUCAAUUUAUAGUGGAGUAUUUUACACUUUACCUAAUCCUCGUUGGAUUCCAUUAGAUAAAACCCUACCAACUCCAGUGCUUAAAUAUUUUGAAAGAAUGCCAACUUUAUUUUAUCCAUCGAAUGAUAAAACGCUUUCCAAUGAGAAAAAAUGUAAUACAGGUGUAUAAUUUUAUACAAUUACAUACUAUACAGUUAUAAUCAUAAAAAUGACGAUACUUAAUAUUAUUAACUUUUCUCUUUAGGGAUUGUACGUAGAAGUUUAAGAAAUAAGAAAUAAUCAAUACUUCGUAUGGACACAGAUGGAUAGAUAUUUCUAUAUUUAUUUGUAUUUUAUUAAUACUUAAAAAAAUCAGUUAUUUUCUAUUAGUUUUAUUCCUCUAUAUAAUCUAAACAUAAUCUAAAUUUUUUAUACUUGGAAAUUUACGUGUACAUAUAUAAAAAAUAAAUUUUAUUUUUUACGUGUAUAUAAAAAUAAUUCUUUCUACAAAUAAAUAAAUAUAAAAAAAUUUCCUAAAUAUUAAUAUUAAUAAAAAUUUAAAAGUAGUUAAUUGUAAUAUUUUAUAAUAAUUUUUAUAAUCAUUUUAUAAUUAUUUUAUAACGAACUAUAACAAAAUUUAUAAAGUCAAAUUCAAUAAAUUUUGUUAUAGUUCAUUUAAUUAAUUUAAUUAACUUAAUUUAAUUUAAUUUAAUUAACAUUUAAUUGUAAUUAUAUUAAUUACAAUAUUAUAUUUUAAAACUUAAAAUAUGGAUGUUAAUUGGUAUUAAAUAUAUGAUGAAAUAAUAAUUAGAUAAUUAAAUUUUAAUAUAUUUAUAUUCAUAAAGAUCUUUUUUAUAACAAUUUGUACAAAUAUUAGAUUUUUAUGUAAAAUAUAUAUAUAUAUAAACACUUUUAAUAAAAAAUAGUAUAUGAUUGUAUGAUUUAAUAAAAUAGUAUACUUCGUAAAAUAAAUUUUACUAUAUUAUAAAAAGCAUAUAGCACCACAAUGAUUCUUCAGAGAUUCCAAAGUAUGCAAAAAAUAUAGUAAAAUGCACAAUCCUUUAUACCCGUACAUUUAAUUAAUAAAUUGUUGCAAGCAUUUGCAAGCUUUUAAGUGAAAGUGUGCAAGAUAAUCGUCAUAUUUGUGCCAUAAAUAUUAGAACUUUAAAAUUUGAUAUAAAACAUUUCUCUUUAAUUAAGUAGAAACAAGCGAUAGCAAAGCCUUUUUGUAAUCUCCAGAUGUAUCACCCUAAAAUAUUAAAUUUUUAGUCAUUAAUUUAAACAUUAGUAGUUAAUUGUAAUAUUUAAUUUUAACUUUGAAUCAUAUUAAAAUAUUAAAUUUUUAAUUGAAGAACUAGCAAUAGAUGUAACCACUACUAAUCCAUCU